UGGCGGGAUGGCUAAACUUCAGUUCGUCUUCACCUUCUUAUUACACUGCGCCCUGCAAUAUGUCGGUGAUGCUGAGAGGACCCCCCAGAUAGGCUACCGUUUUGUGCCGGUGCAGCAUGGAGUUUUCAACUUUCAGGUUCGUGCUUCGAGCGAUGUGCAUAUCGCAUUCGAUAGCAAUCUCGAUGACGCAGACCACGUGCUGGAGCUGUUUAUCGGUGGCCGCAACAAUACGAGCUCUGGAAUUCGUUCGAGUCUAACGGGGCUCAUCGAAACACCGACACCGAACGUGCUGAGUGCGGACGAGUACCGUUCCUUCUGGAUUCGCUGGGACAAAACAGCAAUUACCUUUGGCAGGAAAGAUAGCGAUACUGCGCUGCUGUCCUACGAGCUUGCGCAUCCGUUUUUGAUUCGGUUCGUCAGUGUUAGCACCGGCUGGGGCACCGACGGUUCCUGGGUCAUCGAAUCGGCUGAUGGACACUUGAGUCCAGUGAUGAACACCACUCUAUCUACCGCAGCUACUACUCCUACGGCCACGCUUCCUUCGACGACCACCCUGCCCCCCACGACCACCCUUCCUUCGACGACCACACUGGCACCGACGACCACCCUUCCUCCGACGACCAAGCCUCCAACUACGACUCAGCCGCCUCCUACGCCCCAACGACGCAUGCCGCGGUGGGUCAAAGCGCGACAUAACAAUGUUCCGUGGAAUGCCCUACAAGGCGGGCAAAUUGACUCAACUCGUACGCUGUACAUUGGUCGCGCCGAGUUCAAAGGAUCCCUGCUGCCAGGUGCGGUGGAAAGGCUAGCCGGUGUUUGCUACGUGGCCUUUGGCGGAGCAGGUCACUAUGUUUCUCAAUACGAAGUUCUCACAGACGGCCACGGAACGUUCGUCCCGACCACGGGUGACAAAAUACCGGCCAACGCGCUUGUAGGCGGAAAAAGCGAGCGAGGUGAAACUCUGUACAUCGGGCGCGCCAAUUUUCAAGGCAUGACGUUGGUGGGCAAGGUCCAGAAAUCGCAAAAACGCCUGUUCUGUGCCCACCGCGGGAUGGAGCUAAAGUUUUUCAAAUAUGAAAUUUUUGUGGUGUAACUCCAACGCUGCUUACAUGACGCCAUGUUGAAUAGUAUCCGCAAUCCGUGAGCACUGCAAACAAAACGAUAAUAAUAAAAGUAGAGC